AUGCCAGAGAAGUGUCCGGUGUCUGAAAUCAUUAAGACUCGCAAAGUACAGGGACGAGAAAGUUUUGAAGUCUCCUGGAAUGAUCUAGAAGGGUUAGAGACGUCCAUUGUUCCUGCAGAUCUUGUAGAAAGGGCUUGUCCUGAGAAGAUCAUAGAGUUCAAGGAGAAAAUGGAAGUAAAGAAGAAGAAGCCGACGCCGAAACAAAAAGCAACCAAAAUUAAAACAGAAGGAAACAAGUUCACCAACCAAAUCUUCUUCUAUUAUCGAACUCAGCCUUGA